UAAUACCUAAUUCAGGAAGUUGUUAAAAACAUGUGUUUUUCAUGUUUAAAUUCAGUUAAUCUCUUUUAAAGAAGAAGAAUAAGAAUUUAUUAGACUCUAAACUUUACAGAUUCUGGUCAAUAACAAAAACGAAAAUGUUAUAAAAUUCAAAUGUGAAGUGCGAUGUAAUUUUUAAAAAAAAAUGAUGGACGUGAACAAGGACGCUUUGGACAUAUAGUUUCUGAAGUGUAAAUAGAAUGUUGACAGUGUGUGAAGACAAAAUGUGUUCUUUCAUAGAGACUUUGAAAACCAAAGUAAUCUGGAUAGCAAUAAUUUGCACGUUGUUCUUAUCACUAUUCUAUGUCCCUCACCAAAUACAUUUUGCCAGCAUUUCAAAGACAUUUGAAAAAUUAGCAGAUUUAAAUAGUUCAUCUAUAAAAGGAAAAGAUUCACUUUUAUCAACAAACGCCACCGGCCAAUUUCACAAGGAUUAUUUGUUUAAAUCCUUUAAUGCCAGUAUGAAUAAUGUAUACAAUAGUACUGAAAAAAUACAUAAAAGAGCAAUAAAAAUUGGCAUUUUAGUCCCGUCGUCAACCCGUAAGAUUAAAAAUCCGCUGGUAGAAAAUUUGAGUUUAACAACUAUUUGCUUGCCUUCCCUAUAUAAAACUAUGGAAGAGGAAUAUACAUAUAUUAUGUAUGUUGGAAUAGAUAAAGGUGACUAUUUAGAAACUGUUAAACAUCAACUGAAAACUAUGUUUGAUAAAGUUAAAACUGUUGUGACCCGUAGUAGAACAUUUACAAAAACUGUUAAUGCAAUAGCACGAGAAGCUUAUGAAGAUGGCAUGGAUUACUUUGUUCGCAUAAACGAUGACAGUUCCAUGGAAACUCAGAAAUGGACAUCGGAAGGGAUAUCAAUUCUGCAAAACUACACUCCCCCAAAUAUAGGUGUCGUUGGGCCAACGUGUCAUGAAGGAAACACUGGAAUAUUAACACAUGAUAUGGUUCAUCGUUCUCAUUUAGAAAUUUUCGAUUUUUAUUACCCUCCAUAUCUUGACAAUUGGUGGGCUGAUGAUUGGAUAACAAAAGUUUACUCCCCUGAGCGAUCAACCAAACUGUCUUCCUGGGUUGUAAAACAUCAUCUAAUGUCGCAUGGCACAAGGUAUAAUGUAGACUUUAAGAAGCAUAUUCGGCUGAAUAUAACACUGACCUUAGACCAUGAAAGACUCAGCGAAUAUCUUAGCAAAAUGCACAAAUAAAAAUCUGUUCCCGUCUGUGUGAUCUUUGUUAUUGGCCUUUUUCAUUUGUCAUCGGCAAAUACCUGUCCAGCGACGUUUUUUACAGUUUUAAAUUAUUUUCUAUGUCUUUUUUUUUCGACUUGUAAUGAAGCAUAUAGGUUAAAUACAUUAUUCCCAUACAAUCUCCGC